UCUAGCCCCUGGUCCCCACCUGCAGGGGCAAAGCCUCACGAGUGGUGAAGCAGAGCUGCAGGUGUCUAUCUCUCUCCCUCUCUAUAUCUCUCCUUCCCUCUUGAUUUCUGACUGUCUCUAUCCAGUAAGCAAAUAAAGAUAAUAUUUUUUAAAAAAAGAAAAGAAUAAAGACAAUAGGAAGCCAUUGGUGGGUAUAAACAGGGGAGGGGAGGGGUGUGUGAAAAAUAUGUUUCAGGACAUUUGUUUCUUUGUGGCUGAUGGAACAGAGGCAUCACUCUGGCACAUGCAAUGGCAAGGAUUGAACUUGGGACAUCAUGCUUGUUGUCCAGUUCUUUGUCAGGGGUUUUACAACAUAGAGUUUCUCAAAACACAGAGGAGAAGCUUGCUUUGGAGCUUCACAGAUCUGGGUUAGGACCCCAGCUCAACCACUGGUGUGCUCUGUGACCCCAGGCUGAUGAGUUUCCCUCUCUGAACUUUGGCCCCCUGUCCCCUGGGUCUGGCACAUGGAGUCAUGGUGAAAAGUAUCUUGGAUCAGGAAGGUGUGUCCAGCUCACUGUAGGGGCCAUAAGUAUUAUUAGCAAUGGCUCUGGGGGGCUGCAGAAGCAUGGUUGCAAGUGUCCUCCUACUCCUGGAGGAAGGGAAGGUGAAGAGAGGACACUUGCUGACAGGCUGCUUUAGUGGACAGAUGGGGAAACUGAGGCUCAGAGAGGGGGAGCGCCUUCGUAAAGGCCAUAGGGCAUCUGGAGGGACUGGGCAGGCCCCAGAGCCCAGGAGGGAGCCAAAGGGGAGUCACAGACAGGGGGUGGGCCCUUUAAAUCUUAAGCUCCACCUUUGCUUGAAAGGGUCUUUGGAGACUAUAAAAGGGGGGUGCAGCUCCUCUCUGCUCCAAAAAAAAAAAACACCUCCAACAGUUCCUGCCAAGAGUUCCCCCAACUCUAGCCUCCAGCCAUGCAGCUGCCCACCUUUGACAUGUGGAGGGACUACUUAAACCUGCACCAGGUGGUCCUCACGCUGAUCCAGAGUCGGGAGCAGGAGCCUGAAGCCCAGGGCAUUGUGGAGCCCAGGCUGGGACCCCCGCUGGGGCCGGAGCAGGGCCCCACAGGACCAGGGACCAGUGGCAGCCUGCCUGCCCUGUGCAACUUCUGCAAACACAACGGGGAGUCCCGCCAUGUGUACGCCUCGCACCAGCUGAAGACCCCCGAGGGUGUGGUGACCUGUCCCAUCCUGCGACAUUACGUGUGUCCUCUCUGUGGGGCCACUGGGGACCAGGCCCACACGCUCAAGUACUGCCCGCUCAACGGGGGCCAGCAAUCACUCUACCGCCGCAGCGGCCGCAACUCAGCCGGCCGUAAGGUCAAGCGCUGAGGACUGUGAGGUGCCACCCACUCCCCUCGCCCCCCUGUCCCUCCUGGUCUGGCCCCCACCAAGUCCCUGGACCCUCCUCCCUGGACUUACCUGGCCCUGGAUCUCCACCCAUCCCAGGUGGCCACUGGAAGGAUGAAGACGGGUGGAGGCAGUCCUGCCCCCUGCAGCCCUCACAGCACCUGGGGGUGCCUGUGGGGUCUCCAGUCCCCCUGGACUGCACAAAUGAGUGGCUGUUUCUGGUCAGCUAUCCUCUGGUCCUUUGGACAUUGGCUGGUCACACCAGCCUUGCCCCCCCCUUGAACUUCUCAGCCCCAGGACUCUAUCCCUAGGGGGUGUGCAUGUCUCUUGGCUACAAAGAUGGACAGAACACCCAUCUCACUGCCCACCUCCAGAGGAUGACCCUCAGGAUCAUGAUCCAGUGAACCUGGCCAGCUCAGACCCUCCAACCCAGGAAUGUCCGGAAGGAGUCCUGCCUCGAGGACCAGCCCAUCGUGCAGCCGCCUGCAGAUACAGCUGAGCCACCACGGACCACACUGGGCUUCCAUCAGUCCUUCUAGCCAGCAGGAACUGGAGAAGGAGGGAGGGGACACGGUGCAAGGGACUGUCUUCCCAGGUAUAUGCGGUGGGAGGAGCAUGGGGAGUUUUGGGGGUGACUUGACACCCUUCAAACCCUUUUCCUCCAAAUGCUGUUCUCUACUCAGUCGAUUUCUGCAAGUUUCUGACCAGAUCGCAAAAGUAACCAAGGUUCCCUGUCCCUGUGAGAUGCUGCCUCUCAGCCAUCU